AAAGCCAAAGAAUUUUAAACUCCAAAGUUAAGUGUCUCUUGCCAUUCACAUGUCAGCAUUGAAAUAAAUGUACAGGAAGUCCUCAACUUACAAAUAUUUGUUUAGUAACUGUUCGAAGUUACAACAGCACUGAAAAAAGUGACUUAUAACCUGUUUUCACACUUAAGACCAUUGUAGCAUUUUGAUGGUCAUGUGAACAAAAUUUAGGUGCUUGGCAACGGGCAAGUAUUUAUGACAGAUGCAGUGUCCCAGGAUCAUUUGUAACCAUCCUAUCUGGCUUCCAACAAGCAAAGUCAAUGGGGAAAGUGAGAUUCAUGUAACAAUCAGAUGAUUCACUUAACAACUGCGGUGGUUUACUUACCAAUUGUGGCAAAAAAGGUCAUAAAAUGGGGUACAGCUCAACUGUUUUGCUUAGCAACAAAAAUUUUAGGCUCAAUUAAGAUGGUAAGUUGAGGACUACUUUUUGAUAUAAAUCUCAUAUUUAGUCUUCUUUGUAUAUAUUUUCAAGAUAUCAGUUUGAGUUUUUCAAUGAUAGGCAUCUAUUUCCUAAUUAACCAUAUUUUGUUCUUAUUGCAAGAACUACUAUUACUAUUUCAUAUAAAAGAUUCCUUUUUGUUUUAUUUUAUGCAGAUUUCCACUGGAAAUUGAGGUAAUAAUGAGGAUAAUACUUCAAGAAAAUAUUGCACAGGGCAAAUGGGGCUGUUGAAACUGCCACGGUUAGGUAGUGUGGGUUUUUUUUAAUUAAUGGCCACAUUAUUUAAUGAUGAAUUUCUGGUCUUAAUUAGCAUAAUUAAGCAAGGACUACCUGUAUGAGGAUUCCUGCACUGGGCAUUCGGUUGGACUAGAACCUCCUUUGAUUCCUAUCAUUCGAUGUUGUAUUAUUUUUAGAAGCUGCCAAUUCCAGAACAACUCUAGAGAUAGAAACCAGUAGAGGUCUGGAAUUGAAGUAUAUUAAUAAUUUGCACUUUUUCCUCAGGAUUUCCAGCUAUCUGUCACCUGAUACAUCAUGGUAUAAUAAGAUUGCCAAAACUCAGUAAGUUAGGUCUGAUUAGGAGUGCUCUGGCAGCUCUGUCUACAAAUAAACCUGUCCAGAAUUUUCUUCCUGCUGUGUUUCAAUACUGUUGUAUUACAGUAAUACAAUACAGCAAUUACUAAUCAACAUUUCAUUAAUUGUAUCCAAACUAAUUGCUAUAUAAAGCUAGCUGAUUCCAUUUGUUAAGGUUGCAUGUUGUGCUGGCCAACAUCAUUUCAUCCCAAAUUCAAAGCAUCCUUUUGCCACCAGCACAAAAUGAAAAAAAUAACUCCAGACCUCUUCAUUUUACUCAGUGUUUGUUAAAAGAAAAACAGAAGUUGUUUGAAAACAGUAUGUUUUUAUAUAUUGUAUGUAUGUCUCUACUGCCUUAUAUACAAAUUGAUGCUGGAUAUUUAUAAGGCAUACUAACCUGAAACAACUCUGAUAAUACAUUUUGAUAUCUCACUAAAAAAGGAUAAUUACAUACAUAGAAAUGAUAGAUUUGUUGUGGUCAUAUAAAUUUUCUCUAUUGAGCUGUUUCUUCCAAAACAAGAGUUGUAUAGAUGGAAGUUUUCCCUGUGUUGUAUCAAACAUCCUGUUCAGAAAUGUUUAUAGUUUUGUUUUAAAUACAAGUCAAGGUUGUGUUGGGAACACCUGGAGAAGAGAGAAGUACACAGCUUUGAUCUGCUGUUCCUGUAACAUUAUUCAUUUUCUCUGGUUUUUUGCUUUAUUGUAAACUGGAAUAGUCAAAAUAUUCUCUUACACUGGCUAAUCUGAAAUGGUACAUCAGACAUAUCCAGAAUGAGACAAAAUUAUUUUCCAUUUCAUACACAGCUGAAUUAAGCUCCUGGCAAAUUCAGGCAAAAUGGCCAGUGGUAAAAGUAAUUAUCUGAAGUAAUUCAGGAAUUUGAAGGACUACAAAUUUCUCAGCUUAUUCUAACUUUUAGCACUAAUUAAUUUCCUGAUGGUUGGCUUUUCAAUGGUUUGAACCACAGAACCAGAUUUAGAUAUAAAUUAAGAUAUACCUUAGGGCAGGGAUGAGCAAUUACCAAAUUUUUUGCACUAUAAGACACACUGGACCAUAAGACACACAUUAGCUUUAUAGGAGGAAAAAAGAAAAAAAUCUGCCUCUGCCUCCCAGCAGCCAUCUGGUAUUCAUCUGGUUAGUGUCCUUGCAGCAAACAGCCUGGUCAGUUUCAAUAUGUUACCCCAGCACUUGGCUUGUUAGGGCUCCGCUCUGUUGUGGCCACCACUGGUCAACUGAGCUGAGCUGCCACUGUCACUGGAGAACACUGCAGCCUAUGCUGCCGAUUGGUGGUUGGAUCAGCCUCCUCGAAUACCACCGAUCAGCUGUUCUAGAUGGCAGGGAUUGCUGCUGCUGCCUAGAAAGGUGAUAGGCGGUAUUUUGGGAGGCUGAUCCAACCACCGAGCAAAGGCUCCACCGAUCCCUGGUGGCAGCGAAUGGCAGCAGGGAUGACAGGUAGCAGUGAACACCACCACCACACCAACCUCCCUCCCUCCCACCACAAUAUUCACUCUUAAGACAGACAUUUCCACCCACUUUUUUGGGAGGAAAAGUGCAUCAUAGUGUGAAAAAUACGGUAAUUUUUCCAAGGGAUCACAUGAUGAAUUGGGGUGUUGUGGAGGGCUAAACCAAUAGCUUCUGUCUCUGCUCUACCUACUCAUACACAAGCUCCUUCUUUGAUUGAGGUAAAGCCCAGGUCCCCUCACAAGAUGACCACUGCUCUAGGCAAGGUGUGAGCACUAUGCAGGCAUAGGAAAACACUUCUCACUUUUCUGCUGCCACCAGCCAACUGAAGGAAUGCACAGUGACUGCAAAGAGGGAGUCAACCUGGCUUCUGCCCCUGUGGCAGGCUUAUUUAUAUUUAAUAUCUAAUUUCCAAUUGACCUCACAUGAGCCAAAUAAGGAUGGCCAAAAGGCCGGAUGUGGACUGGGGGUCGUUAGAUGUCCAGGUCUGCCUUAGGGACUCAUGGUCCGAAGAGCCUUUUCAACAUUUCUGAUUUUUUUUUUCAUUUGUUAAAAGUUGUGAUUCUAUAUAUGAAAUUACUUACAGGCAAAGACCAGUAUUUAAAAUAUUUUACCAUGCAUCAAAUAUAAAACAAUAAAAAACAUACCUAUAUUUAUAUGAGAACCUAUAUUUAUAUUGCUCACAUGAUCCUCAUUAAGGUCUACUUUGUUUCUACAUGCAUUUAACCUGUUCAGAGAAGGUUUUGUUAUAUUUGCAGCAUUCUUAAGUUCAAUUUUUUUACACAGCCUUAUUUUCUCUUAGCAUUUGCCAAAUAGUUUCUACAGCAGCUGUAUCCAACCUGCAGCCCAUGGGCCUUAUGCCUCUGGGUGACUAGCAAUGUGACCUCAGAAGAUCAUAAGCUUUUAACAUUAUACGAUUUAUAUAAAUUAUAUAUUUUCUCUUCACUCACUGUGGCCCUGGCAAAUCAAAAGGCAAAUCACCCAUGCUCUAUAUCAGGGUGUCAAACUCAUGUCGUCACAUGAUGUAUUGCGACUUGCCAGAGGCUUGGAGGCACAGUGGUUAGAGUGCAGUAUGUCAGGCUACUUUUGCUGCCUGCAGUUUAGCAGUUCAAAUCCUACCAGGCUCAAGGUUGACUCGGCCUUCCAUCCUUCUGACGUGAGUAAAAUUAAGGACCCAAAUUGUGGGGGGCAAUAUGCUGACUGUAAAUGGCUUAGGGCUGUAAAAGCACUGUAAAGGGAUAUAUAAGACUAAGUGCUAUUGCUGUUUUUUCCCCUUCGCUAAACCAGGGAUAGGCAUAGCCAACGCAUGACACAUCCAGCCUGCAGGCCGCAAAUUUGACACCCCUGCUCUACAUCUUUCCACCAGUCAAGGUUUUUGCCAUGUCUAGAUUUGCUGAAAGGAAUACAAAAGAGAUUUAUAUGUUAGUUUAUUACCAGGAUAGAUCAGGCAAAAUUUGAUUGUACUUUUAUGUCAGUAUUUAAUUUGUUUCUGAAACUGGCUUUAUUUAAGAAUUUGGAAUAAUGGAAAAUACAUCUGACUUAAUUUUCAAAACAUUGUUUUAUAUAAUGAAUAUAUUUCAUAAUUAUAUAGGUUCAUGCCUUCAGGCUUUGCUUUGAAAUACAAAUAAGCAGUACAGUACUCAUCAGACAUUAAAGACAACAUCUAUUAUAUUUUUCAUGUAUUUAUGAAGUCAGAUUCUUUGCAAUAUAAGCCACAAUAAUGAGUAUUUGUAUGACAUUGUGACCUAUUCCGGUUGAUUAACCAAUCAUCUUUUCCAAUAUUAAUUUGUUUGAAGAGAAACGAUAGGGCAUUCAAUUUGAAAAAAAUACUGUUCUUGUAAUGGAGAAAUCUCUGAAAUACUAUCUCACGUUCUUUCAUAUUGCAAAAAUGUCCAGUUGCAUUUAGUAAUACCUCAUCUAUAACACUCAAAUUUCCACAGCCAUUGGAUUCAUUUUAUGAUGAAUUCGUUUUCUUUCUGUUUAUAAGCUGGUCUAUGACUAUAAUAUUUAAUCUUUAUUCAGUUUGAACUUUUAGGUACUUAGAGAUACUGUAGUCACAUUCACCAUGGAAGAGUCAUUGUCUACAGUUAAAAGCUAUUCAAAGUACGAUUUGAUUUGCAAGUACUGAUUUAAUUUGCUUCUAUUGUCUUACUGCAAAGUUAAUUAAGAACUGGUUGCCUCAGUUAUUUUAAAGUAACUGCCUAAUAGCAAACAAAAGCACUUUUCUUAACUGUAAUAAAAAUUAAAAUAAAAGCAGCAAGUGAUAUUUUUAGCCAGAACUUAAUUACAGAUAAAAGAAAAUAUUAGCAUCUUUGGUUAUUUUUACAACUGAAAAACUGGUAAGCCACAUUUAGGUCAAAUAGAAAAAGUUGGAAAAGGGAUAUCAAGCAUACAAAACGAAGAUUUAACGAAGAUUAAAUCUGAUUUAGUUCCCGUACCACUUAAGAGUGAUUUAGGCAGGCAGAAACGUUUAGACAAUGAUAUUGUAUUUUGCUGCAAAUUCCAUCUGUUCCAUGGUAUACGUUUUCUACUACACUGUAAAAAUAAAUAUCAUUUAGAGGUACCCUAAUCAGACUUCGAGAUUUAAUUUCAGAAAUGAGAAUAUACACGCUUUGUCAACCAUUAUUUCCCCACCCCUUCUGGGCGGGAAAAGCGAGAUGGCUGGUUGUGACUGCCAAUUUGUUCCGCCCAUAGAAUUGCUACCAUCCUUCCAUAAAUUGUGAAUUUAUUUGCAAAGUGGAGCACUACUACUGAGCUCUAGUCAUGCCAUCCUACUUAGUGACAGUGGCGACGGGAAAUCAAUGGUUCGCAGGGACCGACGACUAUAUCUACCUUACUUUGGUGGGCUUAGCCGGCACGAGCGAGAGACAUCUGCUUGACAAGCCGUUCUAUAAUGACUUCGAGCGCGGUGCUACUGAUACUUAUGAAGUUACAGUGACAGAGGACUUGGGGGAAAUCCAACUGAUAAAAAUUGAAAAGCGGAAGUACUGGUUUCCUGAUGACUGGUACCUUAAAUAUAUCACUGUGAAAACACCAGUUGGUGAUUACCUGGAGUUUCCAUGUUACAGGUGGAUUACAGAUGAAAAAGAGGUGGUUUUCCGAGAUGGUCGAGCCAAGCUUUUUGAUGAUGAGAAAACUCAAAUCCUUAAGCAUCACAGACGUAAGGAAUUGGAAGAACGCCAGAAGUUGUAUAGAUGGGCAGAAUGGCAUCCAGGUUUUCCUCUGAAUAUAGAUGCCAAAUCUCAUAAGGAAUUGCCUCGCAACAUCCAAUUUGACAGUGAAAAGGGAGUCGAUUUUAUCUUGAAUUACACCAAAGCAAUGGAAAAUCUCUAUAUCAAUCGUUUCAUGCAUAUGUUCCAAUCCUCCUGGAGCGACUUCGCAGAUUUUGAGAAGAUCUUUGUCAAAAUAAGUAAUACAAUAUCUGAAUAUGUAAUGCAGCACUGGCAAGAAGAUUUUAUGUUUGGAUACCAGUUUCUGAAUGGCUGCAAUCCUGUAUUAAUUAAAAAAUGCAUAGAACUACCAAAAAAGUUCCCAGUGACCACAGAAAUGGUAGAAUACAGUUUGGAGAGAAAUCUAACUCUGGAGCAGGAAAUAAAGCUAGGAAAUAUUUUCAUUGUGGACUAUGAACUUCUAGAUGAUGUUGAAGUCAAUAAGACAGACCCCUGCACAAUACAGUAUUUGGCUGCUCCUAUCUGUUUAUUGUAUAAGAAUUUAGAGAAUAAAAUUCUCCCUAUUGCAAUUCAGAUAAAUCAAGCUCCUGAACAAAGCAAUCCUAUUUUCCUUCCAUCUGAUGCUAAAUAUGAUUGGUUAUUAGCCAAAAUAUGGGUACGUUCUUCUGAUUUCCAUAUACAUCAAACUGUGACUCAUCUGCUUCGGACUCACUUAAUUUCAGAAGUUUUUGCAGUGGCUAUGUUCCGACAAUUGCCUGCAGUCCAUCCUCUCUUUAAGCUCUUGAUACCUCAUGUACGGUUUACAAUAGCUAUAAACACCAAAGCUCGAGAGCAACUUAUCUGUGAAUAUGGACUUUUUGACAAGGCAAAUGCCACUGGAGGAGGUGGGCAUGUGCAAAUGGUCCAGCGAGCAAUGAAACAUCUUACCUACAGCUCUCUCUGCUUUCCUGAAGAAAUCCAGUCAAGACAUAUGGAAAGCAAUGAGGAUAUUCCAUACUACUACUAUCGGGAUGAUGGAGUUAAAGUAUGGGAUGCAAUCAAAAGUUUUGUGACAGAUAUUAUUAAUAUAUAUUAUGGAAGUGAAGAAGCAGUGUGUGAAGACUUGGAACUCAAGGCUUUUGUGAAGGACAUCUUUGUCUAUGGGAUGAGGAGCAACAAGGAUGCAGGAUUUCCUAAGGCAAUUAAGACACGGGAAAAGCUUUCUGAAUAUCUUACCAUAGUGAUAUUUACAAGUUCAGCACAACACGCAGCUGUAAAUUUUGGUCAACUUGCCAACAGACUAGGGGGAAGGGAGGGAGAGAUUGGAAUGUGCAUUCCAGACAAUAACAAGAAAUGGUCCCAUGAGAACGAAGGACAUUUCAACUGGUGUUCAGCAGAUCUUUCUACAACAACACCUAACAACACCUAGACACCUAAUUGAACAACGUGACCUACACUAAUCGGAGGAGGGAAGAGUCUACAUUUUAAUUAUACUGAAUUGCCUGGGUUUUCGCUUGCAUGCUGUUCCGAAAUGAUGUACUCAAUAAAGCUUUGCAUUAAGAGAUUUGUUUGUCUCAUCAGUGCUUCCUGGGUUGGGUUUGUCCGUUGCUUGCCCCCCUCACAAAAUCAUCCCCUCUUUUCCCCCUCCCCCAGAAUGGUUGGUCGCCAGUCCAGAAAAGUUGGAGAACUCUGGUAUACU